AUGGAUGAAUAUUUCAAAGGAAGGCCAGAAGAUCCUGAAGAAUUGGUUCAGCAUGCUCGUAUAUUGAAUAAUUUACUUACGAAUGAAAUAGUAAGAGCAGAAAUCAACAAAACAAAAGCAAUGUGCGAUAACCUAGAAAGACAUGCAGAUGCAGGAUAUCCAAAUGAAGAAAGAAUUACAGAAGCAAUGCAAUUGAAAGAACAAAAAGAAACGCUGUUGAAGCAAAUUGAUGGAAUUAACAUAUUCAACAUAUAUACCGUAAGGCUGUUGCGUGGAGAAACGACAGAUAGUGAAAUUGCAGAGAACCUGAAGUACAUCACUAAUAUUGANGAUCCUGAAGAAUUGGUUCAGCAUGCUCGUAUAUUGAAUAAUUUACUUACGAAUGAAAUAGUAAGAGCAGAAAUCAACAAAACAAAAGCAAUGUGCGAUAACCUAGAAAGACAUGCAGAUGCAGGAUAUCCAAAUGAAGAAAGAAUUACAGAAGCAAUGCAAUUGAAAGAACAAAAAGAAACGCUGUUGAAGCAAAUUGAUGGAAUUAACAUAUUCAACAUAUAUACCGUAAGGCUGUUGCGUGGAGAAACGACAGAUAGUGAAAUUGCAGAGAACCUGAAGUACAUCACUAAUAUUGAUCACUAUAAGAAUAUGACAAUCGAGAAUGUAAAAGAGUUGGAUGAUGAAUUUGCAAGAUAUUGUGAUACAAAUGAUGAUGUAUUGACAAAUAUAACAGAAGAAUUAGGUAUAGUUGAAAAGAAAAUCAAAGAAUUCUAUGGAUACGAGAAAGUGAUUCAACUGUAUGAAAUGAACGAAAUCUAUGAGAAAGAGAAGGAGUUUUAUGAAGGUUUGAUUAAGAAAUCUUCUGAGAUCAAGGAAGAAAUGAUGGUUGGUACAGGUGCAAGAGAGAAUUGA